UUCUGUUGUCAUCUGCUUUCGUAAUUGAAAGCAUAUAAACUAACGCUAGAUAGCCUGGAUUGCUACAUUCUGUUUUUGUCUGAACUGAGGUAGUACAUCAUAUAUCUCUUCCUUCUCCGUUGCAGCGUGACGUACAGUGAUUUUCUGCAGUUUAAUUUCCAAUAGAAAUCUUCAUCUUGCCGAAACAGAUUCACUAUUCUAUCCCCAAAGCAAAUUCUUGGCCAGGAAGAAGCUUCAUCGGUACUAUCUCUGAUCAACGUAGAAGCUUCAUCAGUAUCUCUGAUCAACGUAGAAGUUUGAUUAUGAUUAGUAUCUCUGAUCAAGCAACUAGUAUGCGAUUAUGAGCAUAUAUUUCUGAAUUUGGCUCACAUCUGAAUUUCAAGGAAAAAGGUUUUGAUGGAUCGGUCAGAUGCUUUAGCUUGCAUCACCAGUGUCCUCAUUCUCCUGGCGCCGCCAUGUGCAUCGGACGAUCGGCUUGUCCCCGGCAAGCCGCUCUCCCCUGGCGCUACCGUCGUCUCCGACGGCGGCGCCUUCGCCUUGGGCUUCUUCUCCCCCUCGAAUUCAACUCCGGAGAAGAUGUACCUCGGCAUAUGGUACAACGACAUCCCCCGGCGCACGGUGGUGUGGGUCGCCGACCGGGGAACUCCGGUCACAAACAGCAGUUCGUCUGCGCCGACGCUGUCGCUGACCAACUCCUCCAACCUCGUCUUGUCCGACGCAGAUGGCGGCGUUCGCUGGACGACCAACAUCACCGACGAUGCAGCGGGCGGCGGCUCCACGGCGGUGCUCCUGAACACCGGCAACCUCGUCGUCCGGUCACCGAACGGCACCACCCUGUGGCAGAGCUUCGAGCACCCGAGUGACUCGUUCCUGCCCGGCAUGAAGAUGCGGGUCAUGUACAGGACGCGCGCCGGCGAGCGCCUGGUGUCGUGGAAGGGCCCCGACGACCCGUCGCCGGGGAGCUUCUCGUUCGGCGGCGACCCGGGCACGUUCCUCCAGGUGUUCCUCUGGAACGGGACGCGCCCGGUUUCGAGGGACGGGCCAUGGACGGGCGACAUGGUGUCGAGCCAGUACCAGGCGAACACCAGCGACAUCAUCUACUCCGCCAUCGUCGACAACGACGACGAGAGAUACAUGACGUUCACCGUCUCCGACGGCUCGCCGCACACCAGGUACGUGCUGACCUACGCCGGCAAGUACCAGCUCCAGAGCUGGGACAACAGCUCGUCGGCGUGGGCGGUGCUCGGCGAGUGGCCGACCUGGGACUGCAACCGCUACGGCUACUGCGGCCCGUUCGGCUACUGCGACAACACGGCGAGGGCGCCCGCCGUCCCGACGUGCAAGUGCCUCGCCGGCUUCGAGCCGGCGAGCGCGGCGGAGUGGAGCAGCGGCAGGUUCUCGCGUGGUUGCCGGCGCACGGAGGCGGUGGAGUGCGGCGACCGUUUCUUGGCCGUGCCGGGGAUGAAGUCGCCGGACAAGUUCGUGCUCGUCCCGAACAGGACGCUCGACGCGUGCGCCGCCGAGUGCAGCAGCAACUGCUCGUGCGUGGCGUACGCGUACGCCAACCUGAGCAGCAGCGGGUCCAAGGGCGACAUGACGAGGUGCUUGGUGUGGUCAGGGGAGCUGGUUGAUACAGAGAAGGAAGGUGAAGGGCUAAGCAGCGACACGAUCUACCUCAGGCUUGCUGGUCUUGACCUUGACGCGGGUGGAAGGAAAAAGAGUAAUGCAAUCAAGAUAGUACUGCCAGUGUUAGGCUGUAUUCUGAUUGUCCUAUGCAUUUUCUUUGCAUGGUUAAAAAUCAAAGGCAGGAAAACAAACCAGGAAAAGCACAGAAAGCUAAUUUUUGAUGGCGAAGGAAGCACUGUCCAAGAUUUUGAACUCCCAUUUGUAAGAUUUGAGGACAUUGCUCUAGCAACCAACAAUUUCUCAGAAACAAAUAAGAUUGGGCAAGGAGGUUUCGGAAAAGUUUACAUGGCAAUGCUAGGUGGUCAAGAAGUUGCUAUUAAGCGGUUAAGUAAGGAUUCUCGACAAGGGACAAAGGAAUUCAGGAAUGAAGUUAUUCUUAUCGCGAAAUUGCAACACAGAAAUUUGGUUCGCCUUCUUGGCUGUUGUGUUGAGGGAGAUGAAAAACUGCUAAUAUAUGAGUACUUGCCUAACAAAGGCUUAGAUGCUACCCUUUUUGAUGGUUCAAGAAAAAUGAAACUAGACUGGACAACACGGUUUAAUAUAAUCAAAGGGGUGGCAAGGGGACUUCUUUAUCUGCACCAAGACUCUAGAUUGACCAUAAUUCACAGAGAUCUCAAAGCUGGCAAUGUUUUGCUAGAUGCUGAAAUGAAACCCAAGAUAGCAGAUUUUGGCAUGGCAAGGAUCUUUGGUGAUAAUCAACAGGAUGCAAAUACCCAGCGUGUUGUUGGAACAUAUGGCUACAUGGCUCCUGAGUAUGCAAUGGAAGGUAUCUUCUCUACUAAAUCAGAUGUCUACAGCUUUGGUGUGUUAUUGUUGGAAAUUGUGACUGGUAUAAGGAGAAGCUCCACUAGCAAUAUCAUGAACUUUCCAAACCUCAUAGUUUAUUCAUGGAACAUGUGGAAGGAAGGGAAAAGCAAGGAUUUGGUAGACUCAUCAAUUAUGGAUAGUUGCUUACUACAUGAAGUUUUGCUCUGCAUCCAUGUAGCAUUGUUAUGUGUUCAAGAAAGCCCAGAUGACAGGCCACUUAUGUCAUCUAUUGUGUUCACCCUGGAGAAUGGGAGUAGUGUUGCACUGCUCCCAGCCCCAAGUUGCCCUGGGCACUUUACACAAAGGAGUUCUGAGAUAGAGCAAAUGAAAGAUAAUACUCAGAACUCAAUGAAUACUUUUACGCUAACAAACAUAGAGGGAAGGUAAGAUAGUUCUUUGAGUUUAGAUGUAGCAGUCACUGUCCAAAGAAUAAUGCAGCCAGCUGAUGCAUGAUUUGUGGUUUGGAAGUCAAUUUGUUGGUAUCUUUUGCUAGUCCUUUUUUGGUCAAUCAGGUUAUCUGUAAUAUCGCAAAAAUCUAAAUAAAUCUAAACAACAUAUUAGAGAUA